AUGACAACGAAAAUGAGCACGGCACAAAUUGAUUUUGACCAACAACAUAUUGAACCUCAAGAAAUUGAUUUAGAAGGAAGUGAUAUCCAUAUGAGAGAAAUUCAAACCACUGCACCACCCCCACCCCAACAAGAUCAUCAAAUAAACCAAAUGAAUAAUUCAGGAAUUUCAAGUGUUAAUUUAAACCAUCAAAUAGUCCAACAAAUGAAUGGAGAACUUCCACCAGAAAUUGGUCAUUUAGAUGGAGAAAUUCAAAUGGGACAAGAAAUGACACCAGAAUUAUACCAAAUACGUAUGCAAAUGUUAGCUACAGGAAUUGAAAUGCAACCUAUUUUACCAGGUUGUCCUGAAAUAGAUGAACAAGCACAAUAUAUUACUCAAAUACAAACAAUAGAUUUGAAACCAAAACAAGCUAAUAAAAAAGAAAUGGUUAAAGAUAAAGAUGGAAUAUUAUAUUAUUGUUAUACAUAUACUGUUAAAAAUAAAGAUGGUCAAGACUAUAUGCAAAGAGUGUAUAUGAAAAAACAAACAAAUAAAAUUAAACCACCCAAAAUUUGUGAAGAAAAAAUUGAUGAUGGAAGAGUAGUUGUUAUUGAAAAAGAAAGAAAACUUACUAAACAACACGAGUUAUUACUAACUUUUAUUCAAACACAUGAAGAACCAAUAAAAUUAUAUAAUAAAUUUGUUGUUUCAAGAGUGUUACAAGACUUUAAAAGAGAAUAUCCAGAAAUUAAAAUUUCAUAUGGUUUAGUUAAAAAAGUAUUAGAACAACAAGGACUUCUUCCUCCUAAAAAAACAUAUUACAAACUUGAAUAA